AUGGCGAUGGAAAUCGCACUGCCGCUCACGAACGAAUGGGUGCGGAAACUCGCGACGGCGAUGGAAGCGAACACGCACUGCAGCGUGCCGCGAAGGAUAUCUAAAAUUCUAUCCGCCACCGAGGUUGAAAAGCUGUUCACCGCGGUCGCGCGAGUGCUGAAACGGGAGAAAACUUUGGUGCGCGUGAGGGGCGACGGCGACGACGAUUUUGACGAAGUCGUCGUGGUGGGCGAUACCCACGGACAGUAUCACGACGUCUUGAAACUUUUCGAGCUCGCGGGCGAGCCCGAAAAGAAGAAAAUGUUCGUGUUUAAUGGUGAUUUCGUCGAUCGCGGGGCCUGGGGAGUGGAAGUGUUGUUGUUGUUGUUGGCGCGCAAGGCGCUCGCGCCGGAGCGCGUAAUUUUACUCAGAGGGAACCACGAGACGGAAUUUUGCACGGAGUGCUACGGAUUUGAGCGUGAGUUGAGCGUCAAAUACGGGAAAACCGCAGGACGGCGGUUGUAUCCAAUGUUUUUAGAGUUGUGCGCGGCGUUGCCGUUAGCUUGCAAGGUGGGGGACGCCACGUUGAUUUUACACGGCGGAUUGUUUCGAAGCGCGUCGUUGUCGAAGAGGGAGGCGGCGACGAACCCGAAAUUAGGGACAUUGGCAGAAUUAGAGAAGGCAUCAAAAGGCGGCGCGGAUCCAAUCGGUGAAGGCCGCUCAAUGAUUGCGGGAGACGUAUUGUGGAGCGACCCCAUUCCUGAAGAUGGUUUGCACCACAACGAAAACCGGGGCAUCGGCAUUCAAUUCGGGCCAGCGCAAACACUCGAAUUCUUGCGCAACGAAAAUUUAAAGCUAAUUAUUCGUUCACACGAAGGUCCGGAUGCGAGACAUGAUCGACCGGAGAUGCCGAGCAUCAUGAGCGGUUUUUGCGUCGAUCACGACUUUGGCGAAGACGGGAAAUUGUGCACGCUGUUCAGCGCGCCCAACUACCCGCAGUUUAUCGAAGUCGAUGACUUGCGCCACAACAACCUCGCAUCGUUCGUCACGCUGAGCCGCGCGACGAACUUUUGCGAUCCAGUGCCGACGUCGUUCGAUGCCGUGCCUCGACCGCCGAGUCAGUGUUAUUACGAGUUAGAUUUAAAUGGAAGCGAUGCGGAGGGGCCCGAGAGCGACAUUCGUCCCCACGAGCCUCUGCACAUCGACGUCGGCGAGGGCGACGAGGGCGCAAGAUGGAAAGAGGAUGAACUCUCGCACAAGCUCACCUUAGAUCGCGACCAAACGUGA